GUAUAAUAGACAGAGAGUAGUAAAUGCAGUGUGCUGACUGUGCAGGUGUGAUAGUAAAGUGACAUUUUAACAAUGUUGGCUGUUCAUUUCCUGUUACUGUCACUAUCAUCUGAUUAGAUACAGUAUACACAGUACAAAACAAUACAGCAUAACUGUUAUAGUAGAGACCUAGUAAAUGUUACUACAUGCUUGAAAGUAAAUGCUGCUCAGCUUUCUGACAGCUGAAUGAGGGAGCUCUGCGUCACUAUGUUUCUGUCACAGUCUGACACGUGCUUUCUCUGCAGUGAUCGAUCAGUUGUACAUAGCUGUGUGGAAAAUGACAGAACUACUUACAUCCAUCUUUUCGCUGCCAUUAAUUUAACCCAUGAUAUGAUUAGGAAAUGUUGUUAUAUACUGCUGAGAAGUACCAGAUCAUCCCUGCUGGUUUUCCAUCAUACUUUCAUACUUAAUCCAGUAUGAUCCUGUGGUGGAAAAUUCAUGCGUGAUGUAAUGAUUUUAAAAUGAUGUGUUAAGGGGUCAUAUAGCAAAUGUGAAAGCUAAAUACAUAUAUGCAAUAUUGUUUUAAUUAUGUGUAUGAUAAAGCAUUGCUGUGGGCAUUGGAAGUAUGAUUGUGCGGGGAGUGUUUUUCAUAUUCCACAGGGUAUAAUGAUUUGUGCGUUAUUUUUCUUGUGUGUUUAGUGGAAAGUACAGGACAUUCUGUCUCUCUCAAUAUUUAGUUAGACGAGACACAGAGACACAUGAGCAGAUUUCAGACACUGUUGGUUUUUUUUGAUUGCUAGCCUAUUAAAAUCUAGGGUGUUGUUGUGAGCUUUGUUAAGAACCAAUGAGGUGAUUGAAUAAAAAUCGGUGAUGUGUACAAGUAUUACUGGAUUUGUUUGUCUAGUUCAGUUGCUCUGCGCAGAUUAACUCAGGUCUUUAACGUCUCUUGAUUCGAAUAAAGACCUCGUUCUUGUGUUUUGUCUCCAAGGUUAAUUCUACUACAAUCCUAAAACAGGUUUGUGCGAUGAAGUACUGUAGUACUCGGGGUGGGGUCUAUGGAUGGAACUUCAGGGAUGUGCUGUUUUCAGGUUACGCUCCGGAUGGGGGGAUGUUCAUGCCGGAGAGCGUCCCUGCGCUGAGCACUGAGACUCUGAGGGGCUGGAGGGGGCUUCCAUACACCAAAGUGGUGGUUGAGGUCGCCUCGCUGUUCAUCCCCUCUCAUCUGAUCCCCAGAGAGGACCUGGAGGCCCUGGUGGGUACAGCCCUGUCUGGAUUCUCAGUGCCUGAGGUGGUCAGCAUCGCCCGGUUGAAGGAUGGUCUGUCAAUCCUGGAGCUCUUCCAUGGAGACACCUUGGCCUUUAAGGACCUGGCUAUGACCUGCACUGUGCACUUCCUCGACUACUUCCUGCAGAAGGAGAAGCGCAGGGCUACUGUUCUUGUAGGUACAUCAGGAGACACUGGCGGCUCAGCCAUCCAGAGCGCAAAAGGUCUCUCUGGGUUGGAUGUGGUGGUAGUUUACCCCCAAGGACGCAUCACCCCAGUCCAAGAGAAACAAAUGAUCACCUGCCUGGAGGAUAAUGUCCAUGUGUUUGCAGCGGACGGCUGUUCAGAUGACAUCGACCAGCCUCUGCGCCGUCUGUUUGCCGACCAGGAGCUGGUUCAGUCUCACUGCCUCAUGAGCCUCAACUCAGUCAACUGGUCUAGAGUCAUGAUCCAGCUCGCCCACUUCAUCUAUGCUUACUUGCAGCUCAGUGGUAUGGAGCAGGUCGAGGCUGACACAGCCCUGCCUGAGCUGGAGGUGGUGGUGCCCACUGGAGGGGCAGGCAACAUCGCAGGUGGUUACAUUGUAACACAGAUGGGAUUGCCCCUGAAGCUGGUGGCCAUGGUGAAUGCUAAUGACAUAGUGCAUAGGACCGUCACCUCUGGAGACUUUUCCAUGGCAGCUAAUGUCAAACAAACACUGGCCCCUGCCAUAGACAUCCAGGACCCUUACAACAUGGAGCGGGUGUUCUGGCUGCUGCUGGGAAAAGAUGGUGCUUUAGUGAAGAACAUGAUGGAAGAGUUUCAGAAUUCACAUAGACACUCUCUGCCUGAAUAUCACCGCAAACUGUUGUCACAGUCUUUGUCUACUGGAACAGUGACUGAUGAAGGGAUCCUGGAGACCAUGAGGAGAUGCUGGGAGGACAACCAGUAUGUGCUGUGUCCUCACACAGCUGUGGCUGUAUGGCAUCACUACAACUGUCCUCACAGCCCUGGACUUAACAGGUGUUAUAUUGCCACAGCAUCUCCAGCCAAGUUUCAGGCAGCAGUGCAGAGGGCCGGUUUGACCUUUCACCUACCAGAGGCAGUGCGGGUGUUGGCUAAGUUGGCAACACGUUAUCAGAACCUGGAACGGAGCCUGAACUGGUGCAAAGACUGGGAGGACAGACUGAGAGAGAAAAUCCAGUCUGUGAGCUCAGCCAGGAAAAACGGAGUGACUUAUUACAACUGAUUUUAAGUUUGUAUCAAACUGGAAAAUAGAGUUAUGGUCAGGUGACUCUGGCAGAUUGUCCUUGAUCUAUGCACUUCCUUAUCUAGCUUUAGUAAAUGAUGUCGAUGGGAAAGGCUGUUUGUCUUUGAUGGACUUUGGUUUGUAGUGUCAGACAACUUUACUUUGUAUUUCUACAUUAAUGUCAUUCACCACAAACCAAUUGACUAUUCACAAUGUUCAAUCUUCUUCCACAACUUUAACACAAAUGCAAAAAAAUGUAUGCUAAAGAAUAAAAUUAAGCCAUUUCUGUGAAUCCAUUUGUCUCAAAAACAAUAAAAAGACAAAUUUUUAAAAAGUG